AUGAUUAUUUACGCGUCGAACGAUUGCUUAUCAUUAGCUCAAUUGAUCGUAUUCAUCUAUGAACCAAAUCUUUCAAGUGCCAGACAUUAUUUUCAAUAUUCACCAGGCUCAGGCGAGUAUCUUUUUUAUAAAGAACAAAAUAUUUCUGAAUUUUCUUUUACAAAUUCUUCACGAGAGAUUUUAGCAUUUACUGAUGAACAAACGAAUCAUUCGAUGACUGUUCAUGAAAAAAAUGAACGUCAUUCUAUGGAAAUUUCAAAUGCCGUACCUCAUCCUCAACAAACUCAAGAUGAUCAAAUACAAUCAAUUAAUCAUUACUCAAAGUUGUUACAUGAUACAUCUGUUACAAAAUCAAAAAUUAGUCACUGCCGAUCUUUAAAAGCACGAAAAAGAAGAAAUCAAAAAACAAGUAUACGACAUCGAAAGAAUCGAUACAAUUACGGAAUUAGUCGGCCAGUCAACACCAAUAUUAAAAUAGUAAAACAAAUCUUAAAAAGUUAUAUUAUUAAAUACACUAAUAUCAACAUCGUACGUUCAACUUUAUAUAUCGGAUUAAAAUCGUUACAACAUCAAGAUGAAUAUAAACAAGUAUUACCAUCAGAUAUUUUCUUUAAUUCUAUUUUUUUUCCUUUUUAA